AUGGCCCCUGGGAAGCAGUCAAGGGACAAGAAACUGCAAAAGUCUCCUGAGUGUCCAUCAGAAAAAGAGGCGAAAACAACUGGGAAAAGGAAGCGAGACACCAGAGAGCUGGAAAAUGAGCCAUUUGCAAAUAAAUUACUUGUGAAAAAAGCCCCCAAGAUUCUGGAGAAAAUGGGUAAGGCCUUAAAACAUACAUUUCUCAUAUGUGUCAAUGUAAUGCUAAUGCAAUUUGAUUCUGUUGGUAUUGUUUGUUCUGAUAGUUGCUAUUGCUAACAGACCAUGGGUACAUGUAAUUUGAACUCUUCAUAUUUAAUCUUUUCCCCUGUCAUUUUUUCUGCAAGCCUUUUGCUUCUCUCUAGGCCAAAAUAGUAAUAAUGAAAUCAGCUCUAAAUGCAGCUUGUUUUGGUGGUUUGCCUCUUAACUAACAAAGGUAAUUUAAUCCCCACAUAGUAAAAUUGGGAGAUUUUAAAAAGUUUGCUUUGUACAGCAGUGUAAAGCAGAAAUCAAAUUCUUUGUCGCUUCAUGUGGGGCUGCUCAGUUGUAACACUUUUUGAGUUAAUGUUCUGGUAAUUAUUUAAUUUGGUCCUGCAAACUUCAUUAUAUUUCAGAUAUAUGCAUGUUUUACAAUUGCAUUCCUGCUAUUUGGAAUUUACCACUGGGCCCUGAGUCAUGUGUUCUCCAGGGUCAGAGAAAUGAAUGGUGCUUCAGUGCUGGAAGGAGAAGCUGUUCCUUUCCAUACAACAAUGAAUGAAUGGUUUACACUCCCUUUCCUUAUUUGAACUAGUAAUGCAUUGAUGUGAACACAAAGACAAGUACAGGAACAUUCCUUGAGACUUCUUUAUCCCAUUCAGCAGUCCAGUAUAUUUUGCCUUUCCAAUUUAUCUGGUAAAAGCACUUUAAUCUAUCUUUUCCAUAUCUCCCUUUAUGGACCUAUUUUAACUCUUCACUUAGUUUCUGUUUGAAUGUUAUUUUACGAGUAUUGUUCAAAAAACUGCACUGGCUUUAAAAAGAAGAUGAAGCUUUGUACAACCCGAAAAACGUUAGAAAAUAAAGCCUCUUAAAGAAAUAAUCUUCAUGAUAUAAGCAGGUCCAAAUAUAACUCUCUGUUAAAAGUCUUUUGACAUUAGAAGUCUCUCAAUAGUGCAGAUAAGGCUAGAAGUGUAAAAGCACUGCACAUAUGCAUGUUCAAAAUUGGGCUGUCCUGCUCUCACUAGAUUCUUUAGGGAACAGGGUUAGGGUUAAGGCAAUACUGACAGGAGCACAAGCAGAAGUGGUAUCCAAGGUUAUGGUCCAAGUAAUCAGGGCCUAAAACAAGAAGUCUAGUGAGAGGCAAGCUCGGGAUAGUCUGAGGUCAUCUUCAAGUUUAAUCCAUGGGCAACAAAGGUAUGGCAGGUGACAGGUCUGAGGUCAGGCUUAGGCUAGUCAGUCAGUCAAAUCUGUCACAGUUCUGGUACAAAGGCAUUGUUCCAGCAGUUCUUCCAGCCAAGUAUGGGGUUUUUUUUGAGCUGGAAGUGCUGGACUCCCACCCUGAAUCCAGAUGACUCCUAUCAGCUGCCUUCAUCCAGAAGUCUCAUUGGCUCCUAUGGAGUGCUUGUCUGCAGUCAAGCCCUUCUAAUGAGGUGAAUCUUGUCUAGCAUUUGAGGUACCAUCUCUCCUCCAGGCUCAGGACUUGUGCACAUUUAACCCCAGAGGCUGAACUCACUUGUGGUGUGGAUGGCCUCACCUCAGCCUGAGUCUGAUCCCAGGCUUGUGGUAGUGCUGGGGAGUACAGGUUGCAUAGCUGUCAACUUUUCCCUUUUCUUGUGAGGAAUCCUAUUCGGAAUAAGGGAAUUUCCCUUAAAAAGGGGAAACGUUGACAGCUAUGACAGGUUGUCCUCUGAUGAGGAGUCUCCCAACUGAGGAAUGACAGACACCCAAUACUGUAUGUGGCAAUAAUGAGACUGCAUCUUUUGAAAUCUGGGUCAGCCCCAUUCAUGUGGUGGAAAGGGCCAGUAGAGUGUGGAAUGUUUAAACCUUUUUCAGGCACUCUCAUGCUCCACUGUUUAAAGCAGAGCUUUCCACUUUCCAUGUUGGUGACACACUUUUUAGGCAUGCAUCAACUUGCAACACAGUAAUUCAGUUUUACUAGGAAAUCAGAGGUUAAACUACCCCCUUUCCAGCCCCAGGAAGAGCUCAGGAAGUGUUCACGCGACACACCUACAAAGUGCACACUACGGUGUCACAGCACACAGUUUGGAAAUCUCUGGUUUAAAGUAAGACUGACUAUAAGAAAAGUAUUUGCCAGGGAUGGGGGAGCACUCAACACCUCUGUUUGUGCCCCCUUUUAGUAGCAGCCCCACUGCUUUGCAUAUGAAUGUAGAAGAUCUAUAUUUUAAACAGCAAGUAUGCUGCUGUGACAUAGAGAUUUACCAGGCCAGUUAAAAUCCAUCGGGAGUUUUGCUGAUAUUAGAAUGGGGGUUGCAUCCUUAAUAUUCUCUCCUUUUGGUUGACUAAGGAAACACUUUUGUUUUAUUAUGGACCCUUCCUUGCAAAAAUACAUGUUUCAAGAGUUUCAUUUGAUCUGCUUCUACCUCAUGAUGAGGACUGUUGUCGUCUGACUCCUAAGAAAUUGCAAUAUGCUGUAUUCCUUUGCUUUGGGGGUGAUUAGACAUGUUGCAGUCAGAUUCUGUGUUGCUGUAGAUGUCUCUGGUGAUUAAACAGAAAACACAGAACCAAUGUUCGAAAACAAAUCCCAAGCUGAGUUGCUCAGCAAAAUUCUCCCUGGACAACAGUGUUUUUAGACUUUUCCAUGAAGAGUCAGCAGGUUUGUUUGUUGAGAACAGCCUGCCAAUAGCUCUGCACAUUUUCUGUAGGCUACAGAACAAACCUGGAAUAUUCUGUUUCUGCAGGAACUCCGGGGGGCUUGGCUGGGGUUUAUGUUCUCAUGCUUUUGGAAGUAUCUGGAAUAUUGUGCUUUUAUCCUAAAUUGGGCCAAUACUUAUUUUCUUCCACUGUGCUUUAAGAAUGAUGUCUCCAGCUACCUUACUUUUUAGCUCAUUUUUAACCUGGUAGAGCAAUAUUGACUGUUAACCUAUUUCAGUUCAGAAAGGGGGCAAAAUACAGCCUCUGUGGUUUUUCCAGGCCUGUUGCAGCCAUUGUUAUUUCCUUGCAUAGUCUUCUCACUGCCCCGUUUUUUUUGCUUAACACCCGGCCAGCUGAAGAGUUUGAGUAGCUCAGAAACUUGAAUCACUCAAUAUUAUACGCCUACCUAACCAGUGGUUGCCCAUGUUUGCUGCCCCUAAUCUAGUGUAAAGUAAAGGUAAAGGCACCCCUGACCAUUAGGUCCAUUCGCGGAUGACUCUGGGGUUGCGGUGCUCAUCUGACUCUAUAGGCCGAAGGAGCCGGUGUUUGUCCGCGGACAGCUUCCGGGUCAUGUGGCCAGCGUGACUAAGCCGCUUCUGGCGAACCAGAGCAGUGCACGGAAACGCCAUUUACCUUCCCACCGGAGCAGUACCUAUUUAUCUACUUGCACUUUGACGUGCUUUCGAACUGCUAGGUUGGCAGGAGCUGGGACCAAACAACGGGAGCUCACCCCGUCGCGGGUAUUCGAACCACCGACCUUCUGGUUGGCAAGCCCUAGGCUCUGUGGUUUAGACCACAGUGCCACCCGCUGUGUAGCGGUUGCCAAAGUCUGCUGCUACUAGUCUAGUGUAGUGAGAGUUAGCCUGCAAUGCUAUUCAUACUUAACCUGAGAAUAAGCCUCAUUGAACUCAGUGGAGUACUUUGCAUGUAGUAGUUUAGCAUUAAAUGUGUAAGAAGCUGGAAUGAGUCCAACCCAAACUUGGGCUUGUAUACGCGCUACCUCCUUCAACAUGUCCAGCAAGAGACUUCAGCAGUGUUUUAUUUUGCUUUCACAGAAUCCUGGCUUGUUGUUACAGUUAAACCAGAGAUUGCAAUUCUGGUUCAUAGUACCAUAGGCUCUGGUUAAUUUAACAAGCCAGCCUUAUAACUCAUGAUUUGAAGUGGCUUGUUUUGAAAACUGACUAGAAUUUGUUUUAAAGUAUGUUUUUUGUUUCGUUGCACCUGGCUCCAGUUUGGGGUAUGUGUCCAUUUUUAUUUUAUUUUUUAAAAACCUGAAAUCUGUCCUAAGUGAGCAUGUAAGUAGGUAUUAAUAUAACUUUUGCUGUUGUCUGGCAGGAGAAGCUUUCCAUGGAUCCAUGGUCAGAAAAACAGGAGUGUUCUUCCAUCAGCGAGAGACACAGAAGAACAUUGUCCAUUAUCUACAUCAGAAUAUGCUGGGUGGUGCUAUUGGGACACAGCUCAGAAAGGUAGGUGUUUUUCCUUACAACCUGGCUGAACACCUGAGGUUCCUGCAGUUUCUAUUUCUAUCUAAAUGCAUACUCUGCAUAGUGUGGAGGAGAAAAGAGUUACAGUUCUGUUAUUAUUGACUGUUUGACCCAUGUUUAUGUUCCCUCCUUCAUAGUAUGCAUAAUACAGCCAUGUGUAGAUUUUUCCUUUUUUAAAAUCCACCUGACUGCAUGACACUCUGGUUGCAUUUGCACAUAAUGCUAAAUGAUGGUUUAGCUAGAAUGAGCUUGAGAAAGACUGACUCUCCAUCCUCCUCCUCCUGUGCAAUUGGGAGAGGGAUACUGGCAGAGUAUAGUUCCACUUUUAAACUAUAUUGGCUUAGCAUUAUUUUUGAACCAGGAAUCCUGGUUUAAAACAAAACUCUAGUAAGUUUCAUAACAAGUCAACUUGAAACCAUGGAUUAUGAAGCUGGCCUGUUUUGAUAGGCUAACUGGAGUUUCUAUAAAAACAACAUCCUUGGUCCAAUUGUAACUAAGCUGGGAUUCUUUAAAAGCUAACGUAAAUUCUGCUGAUUUAGCCAUGCAGGAGGAGGCGAGGAGAAGGGGGGAGUGUGUUACUGUAGUGCUUUGCUCAGGCUCAGAGCAUUAAGGUUAUGAUGAGAUGCAACGCUAAACCAUGAAACCAUGGCUAUCUACAAACCUUUCCUUUGCUCCACCACAUCAAAUGUAAGCCUUUAAUUCUGGAAAUAUAGUACCAUUUCUUUUCACUCUUGCCCCUGUAUGGACAGGAUAAUAAUUUCUCAUUGUCAUGUUGCUCAUCUUCUCACCAUAUUCCUUUUCCCCUUAUCAUUUCUGGAGAAAACCAGCUGGGGAGGGGAACAAUUUAAAGGAGAAAACGGGCAGGUAAAGAGUUCCACAGCUCCUCUUGUUGUACCUCUGGUGAAGCUUGCAUCAUCUAGAUGCAGAAAUGCAUGUUGACAACAUUAUGACAUCAUUAUGACAUCAGCUGAUUGACAGCUCAUUGACUCACCUAUCAAAGGUAGCCUGCAGGGUGUGGGGAGAUGAAGAUCUGGCCAGAAAGCUUCCUGAUCCACACCUGAUCUAGAGGUUGUUUUCUGUUAAAAAAGAAAAUUAGAGGGAAAAUACAUAUGGAUGCAUGUAGUGUAAUACACUGGUACCUCGGGUUACAUACGCUUUAGGUUACAGAUUCUGCUAACCCAGAAAUAUUACCUCGGGUUAAGAACUUUGCUUCAGGAUGAGAACAGAAAUCAUGCUCUGGUGGCGCAGCGGCAGCAGGAGGCCCCAUUAGCUAAAGUGGUGCUUCAGGUUAAGAACAGUUUCAGGUUAAGAACGGACCUCCGGAACAAAUUAAGUACUUAAACCGAGGUACCACUGUAUGGUCCACAGUUGAACCUGUUAGCAGUAUAAAGUAGUUGGAAGAGUAGCACAGACUUGAGUAUAUGGGAAUUGCAGGGCUUAUCUCUCUCUCUCUCUCUCUCUCUCUCUCUCUCUCUCUCUCUCAUUGUCUUUGUAACAGUGUCUUCAGGUGCCCUUUGUACGUUCCCUCUAUUCGUACCGCCUGUUCCGCACAGCAAGUCCCUUUGACAGGAGGGUUACAUGCUUGGAAUGGCACCCAACGCACCCCAGCACAGUUGCUGUAGGCUCCAAAGGUGGAGACAUCAUCCUUUGGGACUAUGAAAUGCUUAAUAAAAGCUGCUUCAUAAAAGGGGUAAGUCAUUGUGAAGAUCGAAUGCAGUGUCUAUGCAAGCUCUGUGUUAGAGCGGUAUGUAGAUUAAAGAUGAAGGCUUCUAGUUAGAACUCUAUUGCACUGGAGAAAUCUGUGUUGUAAUUUCCCAGCUUUCUAUACAAGGGAAUGAUCUGGCUACAUAUUUGAGUUAGAUAAUUUUUACUCUAAAAUAGAAAAUACGUACGUAUUUGGAGAGGUUUUUUAUUUGUUUUAACUCUUUACUUCAGCUGCAUGCUUUGUUAGAUGUGAAAGUACUUAAUUAAGUUGAAGGAAUGAGGUCCCUGCAAAUGAAAUAAUAUUUUUCAUCGGCCUUGCUUUGAAUUGUUAAUAAUGCCUUGGCAAAAUGCACUUGUGUUUAUCUGUGGAGUGAACUUCAUCUUUUUUAAAGGUUGAGCAAACCCAGAGGAAGAAAAUAGCUUCCUUGAGAAUUCCAAGUCUUCUCCAAGGAAGGAUACAGAGCUGCUAUGAUUUGUAUAUCUGUCUGUAUUCAAGCAAAGAUUUUAAAAAUAAUAUCGUCUUAGACAUUCCAAAGAAAAGCUCACAAAAGCAUAAGACUAAUACUCUGGGCAGAAACAUGACAUUGGACUUUCGUUUGCACCUUUAUCAAACAAAAAUAAGGGCGAGUAUUAUGGCAACAAUGAAUAUGGAAGUUUCAGAGUUCCCAAGCUGUUGUUUAUCAUCCAGAACAGCUUUCCAGGCAUCACCUCCAUGUUGCAUUUUAUCCUCUCAAGUCUUCACAAGAAGGUAAUAAUUCAACCCACAAAUUGAGCUCCUGAAACUCUUCAUAUAUAGUACCCCCUCCCUCCAUUGGGACAUUACUUGUCUGCAGUCUUAUCCUUUAUCCCUUUCCCUACUCCCACCACUAGUACCCUUAGGUUCAGUCCUUUAGCAACUGUUCACAGAACAACCCAUUCUUGUAAAGAGGUUGAGUAGGUGACUUUCAACCGUUUAGUUCAUGGUGGCAACCCUGAGAAGAAGCUGAGCCAAACCACUCAAGAUGUAGAUGGUGCCAGGAGUUCUGCAGGCUUGCUCUUCAACAUGGCAGUUAUUUAACAGAAAUGGUAUUGGCCAGAGGAAACUUCUUCUCUAUGAGGAUAUUUGUUCAGCUUGGCUAAUGCCACAUAAAGAUGAAUGCUGCCUUGUACUGGUGUUAGAUGAGAUAACAAGAGGGACUUUCCUUCUUCCUCAUCUCUGAGUGGCUUUCUGUUUUUAUUCAUCCCAUUCAUUAUAGAUGAGAACUGGAGGGGCCAUCACAGGAAUGAAGUUUAACCCUUUUAACCCUAGUGAGCUGUACACAUCAUCAGUUGCUGGAACUACUGCCCUGCAGGAUUUUAAUGGAAAUACAAUUCGAGUCUUCACCAGUACCGACGACUGGGAGUAAGAUGUGAUAAAAGUUUUUCCCUCCUCUCACUGCUUCUAGUAUUAGAAGGCAACAAAACAGAGGAAGUGGUGUAAUUUCGGCAUGUGUCGGCCCUCACCCUGGUCUUACCAGAGUUAUUCACUCAGAAUGUGAAUGAUUUGCUCUUCUCGAAUCGCUACUAUUUGCUUUAAUCAUGUACUUUAUCUUUUAGCCCCCUGAAACUGGGCCUUUAGGCAGGUUACAUAAGUAAAAAAACCAUGUGGAGGAAAACAGUGUACAAUUUGAUAUCGCUAUGGAAAACAUAGUGAAUCAUUUCGCAGAAGCCUAUCUCUUUGCCUAAAGGGUUCUUAUUUGGCAGAGAUAUAUUUCCCAAAUAUGCAUCAGAUUGAAUUUAUUGCCUUAAUUGUGCAUGAUCUGUCUGUAAAUGUGACAUAUACCCAAGCAAUAACAAACAUACUGUAAUGAAUAGAUAGAUAAAGAGCCAUAACAGAACAAAUUAGUGUUGGAAAUGUGGUAGGAGAUUGGUAGUUUGGGAACUCCCCUGUGCACGUGACAAAGGAGUGGAAAUUAUUUUAUUGUGUUCCUAAGCUUGUUUUGAAUUAUAUUUACAAAUGAAACACACACAUUCAGUAUUAUAACUUAACAUUUAUUCUGGGCACCAGUGUUUAGGAGUAUGAGCAAACACAAAAAAGAGCCUUGUAGCACCUUUAAGUUAUUAAGAGGUGCAUCUGAUGAGGUGGGCUCUUCACAAAUGUUCUUGCCACAAUAAGUCCAACUGUGUUGCCAGCUGCGAAUAAGUGAUGCUGUUAACAGAGAUCUCUGUAGGCUGCUUUUCAUUUUGACACUUGAGGAAAGCCUUCAAUGACAAUAGACUGAGAUACAUUAGGAUUUCUUUUCUUCUUUUUUCAUCCUUAUUUUGUCAGCAUCUUGUGAUACCAUAUCCCUUGUUUUUGGGUUCAUUCUGAAUGCUUACCAGUUUCACAUUUUUUGUUCUUAAGCUAUCUUAGGAUCUCUUGAAACUUCCUUGAGCACUUUAUUUGAUGUUACUUUGUCCUGAUACUGAUAUUAACACCAGCUUUGGGAAGAAUGUGUGAAUAAACUUUUAUCUGUGUCGACCUGAAUGUAGGUUUGGUUGCAUGAGUGUUUUAUUUUCCUCCCAAUUCAGGCAUCAGGAACCUGAUUCUCACAGUAGUUAUCUGAAGCGUAUAUCAGAAGCAAAACAGACACAUGCUUGGAUAUCCUCAUGUAAUAUUUUUAUACCCCUCCACAGAUGGAGGUCCUUGUGUAAAGGAAUAAAUGUGACAUAAGUUUUUGGGUGAAGUCUUCACAUUUUGAUGCAGCAAAGCGAAGAUUGAUGGAAUUAGAUUAGUUUUCCUCUACGCUAUGGAAUCUCCAGAAGCUCCAAUGGUUGUUGAGAAGUAAAAUAAACAAUGCACUGGAUGCAGCUGCAGAGAAGUUGUGAACAAAUACCUUCUUAGAAAUAUAUAAUGGACAAUUUCAGUGCCGAGGUUCAAUAGGAUGGAAUAGUGUUCCAAUUUAUUCUUGGUUUUUCAAUUGUGUGGAGGGACAUCAAGUUGCAGUUGCCACAUUCACAUCCUUUAGUUGGAAGAAGAGGAACCUUAAUGUAGCUGAAGGGAACUUUUUAAUAUGUGGGAAGUUGCCUGGCUUUAUCAUAAAGGUGCAGAACUUAUUUGCGUUUUCUAUACACAGUUGGGAAUAUUUAGUACUAUACUUGUUUAAAGAUGAAGGGUGUGUGUCGUGACUUGAGACAUAAUGUUAUAUGUUGUCCUCAGAAUUAUCCUAGCUCUGCAAAGUUCUUUGUUUGCUCUAUGUUUAAAUAGGUACUGGAAGUGUUGAAGAAUGUAAGAGUAGAAAGUCAAUACUAAUAGUUCCGCAAGAAGGAGCUUGAUAAACCAGUCUACUAGCACACAGAUGGCUUAAUGUUUCUCUCUUAGUUUUUUUUAAAUUGCUUGGUGCUUUUGAAGAGGAUAUUGUAUAGCUUCUCAACAUUUUUGAAGUGGAACUUCUGAAAGAAAUUUGCAUGCAGCAUCUGAGAAGUUAACUAGUUCAGAGCUAGUACUGUACAAGGUGCAAUGUUUAGUAUUAAGUAGGUAGGUGUGAAUUCACCUAGAGCCGGAACUCAGUGCAUCUCUGCCAGGUUGUGCUGACUGCCUAUUCCCAUCCUUCCGCAGUAACUUAGGCAUAUUCCUCUCCUCUUCCCAUCUGUGUUCCAGAAAGGCCCAGGAGACUCUCUUGGAGGCAUGAAAUUCAGCCCAUUUGAGUCGGCAAAUCUUUAUGUGGCAUCAGGGGAUGGCACCCUUAGUCUACAGCACCUUGAGGGCCGACCAGCGCAAGUGAUCUCCCGCACCCCAGUCUGUGACCAUGAAUUCCAUGAUGUUUGGUGAGGAGUGAGAAGGGCAGUGUCGUUGUUCAGCUCAUAAAUUUCCUUUACCCUUCCUUUGAAUGUGCCAGGACAGAUUAUUAGCAUUUGCUUGGGCUGUUUCCCCGGGCCUACUGGAGGCAAUACGUUUCUGAUCAUGUGGAUUGGAAUAUGAUUACUGUUGUGCAUAAUAGCAAAUGGAAGUGGUUCAGCUUUUUCGUGGGCAUGAGCACUUGAGUAGUGUUUUGCUUGAUGGAGUGUUGAGUAGGAACCUGGAAAUCCCUCUUUCCUUGGGUGCAUAGCAUACCCUGUAUAGCACACCUGACACGUAGAGAAGGCAAACAACUUUUUCAGUAGGAAUUCUACAAACUGCAGCACUCUAACCAUGUCACGUAUGCUCAAAGAAGAGUGAACAAGACAGGUUCUGGGGUUUUAUCUUUACACUGCCUAUUGUCCCAAACUGAGCGAGUGUGACUGUGCAUCAGAGCCAAUAAGGUCUGCUUUCAUAUAGCAGGCACGUUUAUCAGCUGCAUGUCUCCCAUUAAAACAAAGUAAUACAGGAAGGGAAACUUUUUGACGAUAUAAAUUGCACUCAUGUUUGGGAGUUAGUGUUGGGAGGUACCGUGCGAUAUGCUCAAAGAAAGAGGAACGUAUAGAAUUCUAAUGCUUGUUUAGAUCUGGGUUUCUUUUUCAAGCAUUCUGGAGGUUCGCUGGAAGGCAUGUGAAAGAUAAGGAGCAAUCUCAUCUGCCACGGAAAGUGUGACUCUCACACUUGCAGGGCAAACCCUACCAUUGGGCAGAAUAUGUUGGCAGAUGUUUUAGGGCAGUAGUAGAAGCCCCUUGCUCUACUUUCUGAGCCCCUCAACUAUUUCCCUAUAAGAGCAGUGUGUGCCACAAGGUCUGCCUUCUGCCCCUAUUUCCUGCCCCCUAAGCUAACCUGUUGCUCUGAAGUGUGGUGGAUGCUGUGUCAGCCCCAGUGCUGAAAUAAGAGUCAUCUGCCAGUCUGCUCAGCUUCUGUAUCCAUGGAAUGGGAGUGAGUGUGUGUGUGAUGGUGGUAAGCCAUCUUGACCUAUACUUCAGGCAGUGAAGUGUCUUGGGCUAGCUUUGGGUUCCUGUGUUUCACGACGUCCAAACUUAUCUACCCCUUUUCCAACACUUAAAAUUGGCGUUCAUUUCAAAUACUUAGAACUGAUGCGAUACACAUUAUGAAUGUUUUAAAAAGUGUGCUUGGUCUUUCCAAGUGAUUCCUGUUGGGUUUGUUACACUACUUGAUAAAUAAUCCAACACUGAUCCCACAUCAGAAUGCCACUAGGGUUCAGUUCAGCUCACCUGUGAUUCCAUUAUUUAUAUAAAUACUGUUUUUGCAUUCUGCAAAGAACAGAGAACCACCUUAGUUAUACAUGUAGGGGGUGAACAUUCUGAAUUUGUACUUCUUUCUUUUUUAGUUUCUGGUACUGCAGUGUUGAUGUAUCUGCAACUUGCCGGACUGUGGCAACAGGUGAUAAUGUGGGCAAUGUAGUUCUGCUCAGUACUGAGGGCGAAAAGGUUAGUGUGCCCCUCCUCUUUGCCUUACAGCCUGCUUUGAUCAGACAUACAUAGGUUUUUGGUAUUUUUAACAUCUGCCUAAUGUUGCCCUGACUUAGAAUAUAUAUCAUGGAUGAUUUUGGACUCCUGUCAGCCCCAACCAGCAAGGCCAAUGAUCAAGGAUUAUGGGAGUUGUAGUAUUACAACAUCUGGAGAACCAUAGGUUCCCUUUACUACAGAGAUCAUAUUCCCCAGGAGGAGAACCUGGAAGUUCCUUAUUUAGAUCAAUCUUUGAUCUCCGGUAGAGUUUUGGAAUUGUCUUUAUUAGGCUGAUUUAGAAUACAAGCAUAUAUUCUCCUGUCUUCCAUAUCAUUUUUUUUUUUUUAAAAAAAGAGGUUUUACUAUCUCCUAGAAAAGUAUGUUUGAUGUCUUAAUCUCUUGCUCUGUAGUUGUAAUGCAUUUUGGCUUUUGUUUUAUCCACUGCAGGUAUGGAACCUGAAACUGCACAAAAAGAAAGUGACUCACGUGGAAUUCAAUUCUCACUGUGAUUGGCUCUUAGCUACAGCCUCUGUGGAUCAGACAGUAAAGAUCUGGGAUCUGAGAAACAUUAAGGACAAGUCAAGUUCUCUUCAUGUACUUCCACAUGAUAAACCCGUUAAUGCAGGUAAGAUAGCAAAGUGGCUCAUGGCUUAUACUCCGCCACCUAACCAUUCUUGGCUUGUGUGUGUUUCAGCUCAGUGCCACAUGCCUUUGUCUUUCCACCUUGCAUUCACUGUACCAACUGUUGGCCUUGUAAAGGUCAAUGCCAGUCCUGCUACCUCACAAGAUUGUUUGGAUAAAAUGAGAUACAACCACAUUAUAAGGUGCCCUCAAACCUUGGCAUAAGUUGUGAAGGAAAUUGGAAGGUAUGUGGGGGGGACGGGACACUAGUCCUAAUCAUGUCAUAGUUUCACAUGUCUUGUCAAAAAGAGGAAAUGUGUGUCUAUACAGGGUGUGUCUAUAGACUUGCUAAAAUUUAAAUCGAAGUUUUAAUAGAAAUGUUAGCCCCACAAGAUAAAAACAACAACAGAGAAUAAUGAAGGGGGUGGCUUAGUUAUUAUUUUCCAUGUUAAAAAACAACACAACACUUGUAUAACAUGGAUAAAAUCUUAUUCUUAAUGUCUUAAUUGUGUUCAUAAAUAAAAGGUAACAAGAAUUGUUUACCAUCUCUUAGAUGCACAUCUUUUCAGCCAAAUUCCAAAUCAUAGUAAUUAUUUCCCUAUCCUUCAACAUAGGAGGUCUUUGAUUAGGCCAUUUACUUGCAAUCAGUAUUUUGGCAUCUGAAAACAGAUUCCAAAUAAAACUUGAGAUGUUUAGGCCACACUAUGUAUUUCAAAUAUCCAAGCACAAUAUUCAAGAUUUCUAUUAAAUGUUACUUCAAAAUCACUGAAUUUUAAACCAGUCCUUGCCUCCCCAAAUUCUGCAAUUGUGAUUUCACAUUUUUAGUUUGUGAAUCUUGCAAGUCUUGUUUAAAAAGUGUGUGGUAAAGCUAAAAAUGAAGUCAGUGUGAAUUUAUUUAAGUCCAAGGAAACUGAAUUUAGAGACACCAAUAACCUACUGAAAUCAGUGGUACUUAAGGAUUUAUGCAGAUAGUUUGGUUGAUUCUGGUGGAAAUUCAGCAUUUUGUUCUCAGAUAAGAUUGCUUGUUACAUUCUAGUUAUGUCUGUAACUGGUGCUGUUUAGGACAUAUUCAAAUGUUGCUCUUGUCUGUUUUAGAAGAGACCAUCACUCAACAUUUACACAUUUAUUAUAAUUCUUUUACAGGACUAAUAAUAAUAAUAAGCAUAGUGAGAUGGUAAUCAUAGCUGCAAUGUCUAUAAAUAUAAUAUUUCAUUGAUUAUUUUGUUAUUGGCCACAAUACAUUUAUACAUAUUCCUGUUUUCUCCCCCUCCUCCCCAGCAUAUUUCAGCCCAACAGAUGGGGCUAAGCUACUGAGUACUGACCAGUACAAUGAAAUCCGGGUCUAUUCCUCUUCUGAUUGGUCCAAACCCCAGCAUUUGAUUUCACAUCCCCAUCGGCAGUUCCAGCACCUUACACCUAUCAAGGUGAAGAAAUAGGAGUGUUGACCUGGGAGUGUGGCCCAUUUGAUGCAGAGAGCAGAGAGUUAAGAAGAAAAGCAUCCUACAACUCCUGUAUGGAAAAUUGCUGGGAGUCUUAUGGACAGGAGCUUUCUAUAUGUAUAGAUUCAAGUAUAGGAUAUUGAGGAGAGUGGUUCAUUCUGCUUCUGAUUAUGGAUCUAUAUAAAUAAGCGUUCCAGUAUACAACCUUAGACUGGAAUCUACAGUGACAGCAGACCAUUAUUGAUGGCAGGGUUGGGCAGAAGGAAUCCUAGGGCAGUGGCACCUAGUUGUUAACAGAACGUCUCCCUAGAUUUGUACACAAGUUCCAAGUAGUAGGGUUAGUAAGAACCUAUGGAAAUUCCGUUGCUACAUUAUGUUACCUUGAAAGGUCUGCAGUUUGUUUACUCCCAUGUGAGGGGUACGAGCUGAAUCUGGAUGACCCCACAGAACGCCAGCACUUGAUAAGACUUGUUGUUGUUGUUGUUGUCCUCAUCCUAGUCCUCUGUAACACGUAUCAGUUUAGCACUGACCUUGCUUAACCACCUCUUCUUUAUUUUAGGCGACAUGGCAUCCUCGCUAUGACCUCAUUGUGGUGGGUCGUUACCCAGACCCUAGGUUCCCAAGCUACACAGUGGGCGAGUUGAGAACCAUUGACAUAUUUGAUGGAAACAGUGGGGAGAUGGUGUGCCAGCUGCACGAUCCAAAUGCAUCUGGAAUUAUCUCGGUAAGUGUAGAUAGCAUGUCCAAAGACCUACUGUGCCCCAACCCCAAAAAAGUGGGGUUAGGGAAAUAAUUAUGUCUUUUCUUAUACGGUGCAACUGAUUGAUGGGUUUGCUUGUGACAAAUGUUUGCCUCCAAUACAGGGCUUCUCUUUAAGAAUAGCUCACACAGCUAUUUUUUAAGGACAGACAUAUUCACAGCAGGAGUUCACUUGGGUGGGGAGGCGCUGUGUUACCACUUUUUGGUAGGACCACUAGUGCCUAAUGGAGAGAAAUCCUCUGAUACCUGGACUGCUCUAUUGUACUGGAUGUGGCCAGGGCUUCACACAUUUUAACUUGUCUUGGUAGCCACCACCUGUGGUUUCCAUUACUCUGACCUUCCUCUGUGUCUCACUUCUGACCCCAUGUUGCACCUGGGAGAUCUUUGGAAGCAACAAGGCUUCUUGCUGCUACUGAAUCAUCCAAAGCAUGGUGUAAGGUCAGAGAUGAGACCCCUUCCCCACCCCGGAGUUUUCUGUACAUGUCGGAUGACUUAGGUAUGGUCAGUCAGUGGAGACUCUUAAUCUCAGGGUGGUGGGUUCAAGCCCUACGUUGGGCAAAAGAUUCCUGCAUUGCAGGGGCUUGGAACAGAUGACCCUGGUGGUCCCUUCCAACUCUACAAUUCUAUGAUUGUGUGUCUAUGCAUUUGAUGUGUGAGAGCUGUCAGAGUUUCUACAUUGUGUGGAGACCUCAGGGAGGAAGAGGCACCUUCCACUUUCUGCAGGUUCAAGGUCAUCAGAAUCAGUUUUUUGUCAUUGCCACUGAUGAAUACCGUAUUUUUUGCACCAUAACAUUCACUUUUUUCCUCCUAGAAAGUAAGGGGAAAUGUCUGUGCGUGUUAUGGAGCGAAUACCUACAGAUGGCGGGGGGAUCUGCUGCAGUCGUGAGCAGAGGAUCCAUGGUUCCCCUUCCUUCCCUCCUCCGUAGCUCGCUUUGAAACAGCGAAGCGGGAGAAGAGCCGCUGAGUGGGGAGGAGAGAGGGACAGAGAGCCUGCUUGCUUUAAAGGAGCAAAGCGGGAGAGGAGAGGAGCUGCUUACACAAGUCCGGAGCUGUUUUUUUUCAAUGAGCCGGGGAGGAGGGAGAGAACAGCUCACUAAAUAGCAGCAAAGUUUUUCACAAGCAGGCUCUCUGUCCCUCUCUCCUCCCCACUCAGCUGGCUAAAUAGCAGCAAAGUUUAUCUCAAGCAGGCUCUCUGUCCCUCUCUCCUCCCCACUCAGCUGGCUAAAUAGUAGCAAAGUUUUUUGCAAGCAGGCUAUCUGUCCCUCUCUCCUUCCCACUCAGCUGGCUAAAUAGCAGCAAAGUUUUUCAGCGAGCCGGGGAGGAGGGAGAGAAGCAGAGCCUUUAAAGGAGCAAAGCGUUCCUUCUCCUCUUAUACCCCUCUCCUGCAUUAUUAGCAGCAUCCUUCUCCACCCACCCUACGCGUGUUCCUUGUCCCUUGAGUGCUUUUCCUUCCCUCCCCACUUAAAAUGUGGUUACAAAGCACGGAUCCACAUGGAUUCUCAGGAUUUUUGCACUGGGCUACCCCAAACUCACCGUCAGAUCACAUGUCUGUGGCCACAGCAUGAACCACAAAAAUCAUACAUCCACUGUUUCGUUUAGAAUAUUUUUUUUCUUGUUUUCCUCCUCUAAAAACUAUGUGCGUGCUAUGGUCGGGUGCGUGUUAUAGAGCGAAAAAUAUGGUAUGUUUGUGAACUGUAGCAGAGACAUUUGUAUUUUUUUAGGUUUUCUUAGCUGGUUUUGUUUUUUUUAAGAGCUGCUGAACUAGCCAUUUGCAAUGUUGCAAAUUCCAGCCUUUCCACUGAAUGCCUGGACAGACUACUGUAAUAGCCCCACCCUUUCCUCCAGAGGCAUGCCUUUCGUUUCCUAAACUCCAGAAAUGAGGAGAUGCACAGCUGUCUCCAAACUUCAAUAAACAAAGUUCAUGUCAAUUCAUUUGGUGUGUGGACUGUGGGAAAGAAUACCUGAGUUGUUUAUUUCCACACCAGAUGUUCAGAAUUGAAAUCAGAGCCCUGAUUUUUUUUUUUUUUAAUCUAUCUUAAUUGUGCUCCCAUGCAGUUUCUGAGGCAGAGGUUCAUUUCCAUUCUUGUGGUGGAAGAAAUGUUUUAUCUCCUGUUGCCAGAGCUGCCUCUUCCUAAGCCAGAUUUCAUGAGAGCCGCUCACUGAGGCUCCUGGUUAGAUGCGUCAGUUAAUUUUCUGCAGGAGGCUUUUAAAAAUCUUUUUAUUUCUUUGCUUCUUGUCACCAUACGCAUCUCGUGAUGGACUGAUAACGUAGGUGGGGGAUGGAGGAGAGACCUGCUAUUCAAAGCUCUGCUGAUUUGUGCAAAACUCUUUCCACAUCCAAUGCUGGGCAUUUCGCUGUCCAGAAUGUUCUGGUUUUUUAUUUGAUUGAUGAUGUUAAGUGAACAACCAACAUGGUUACAAUGCAUUAUUGUGUUUACAUUUGCAGCUCAAUAAGUUUAACCCUAUGGGAGACACACUGGCUUCUGGAAUGGGUGAGUGGUUGCUUUAAUCUUACACAUUUGAUAAUGGACCACUGUUCUCACCAGAUAAAAACAAUCAGGCACUCUCCAGAUAAAAGCAUGCUGACAAUGGGGUGGGAUUUUGUGGCUAUACCUAUAACACUUUCUAGAUGUUCAUUUGGGACAUUUUUAUCCUACCUUUCCUCAACAACUACAAAAGUUGUAUUUUAAGACGGUUUACAUACACAGAAGAAUGGGUGGUACUUUAACAAUAAAAGCACAAGAGAGAGUGGUGCUGAACCCAUCCCAUGCCUUACCUUCCAGCCACCUUCUUGGCUCUGUUACCAGAAGCGUGCCAGAAACAGAGAAAAUAUGAGGUUGAGGAAAGUUCAUCACCCCAUUCCUGUGGGAUCCUCUUGCUGCUAAAGAUACCAGUCCCUGCUUUGCAUGUGAACGGGCCAGUUUUGUGUAUUUCCACAUGCAAUCUCUUGCUGUCCGUCAUACCUACCGUAUUUUUCCAUGUAUAAGAUGCCCCCAUGUAUAAGACGACCCCUAUUUUUUUUAACCCAAAAUUAAGAAAUUGAUUAGCUUGGGGGGGGGAAUGGGGGAGGUCACUUCUGCCAAUCGCUCCCCCACCUGCCAGCCACUUCUGAUCGCUUGCCAGUCACUGCCGAUCGCACACCUCACCGCAGCCGCCAAUUGUCUGCCUGCUCACAGCUGCCAACAGCCCACCCGCCCACUUGCCGUAGCCGCUAAUUGCCUACCCCCCUAACCACAGCCACCGAUUGCCUUCCCAAUUGCUGCAGCUACAGCCAAUCACCAGCAGGCCUUGCCACAACCACCAAUCACCGCUGCCAGUCUCCUGCUUGCUGCUGCCAUUAAUCACAUGUCCCCCCUCUGCAUUCAUUAUCUGUGUAUAAAACAACACCCAAUUUUUGCCUUUUUUUUUUUUUAACAAAAAGCACUGUCUUAUACACGGAAAAAUUCGGUACUUUGACCCUUGACUACUUUGUUCUUUAGCUUAGAAAUGAUAGGGUGGAACAGUCUAUUGAAAGGAGAGUACUGCUGCCAUCUAUUGGCCUUUUAGGCAGUAAUGCAAAAGACAGAAGGCCCAGAAUAAUUUAACCUUGGCAGUUAUAUGGAUUCUUUAAGUAAAUUUACCUAGCACCUGGGACAAAUAAACAUUUUAGCAGUACCAGUAUACCAGUGCCUUUGUCUGUUACACUGUACCAAGGAUUGUGGACUGAACCUGUACACUUUUGCUAGUUUCCAGCAGUCUGCUUCAUAUCUUAAGUGGACCCUUCCUUGCUUGGAGUUAAUUUGGCAACAUAAUAAAGGCAUGCAAGAGAGCAAGGGACAGGGGAGAAACACCAGGUGAUAAGUAAAUGGUGUAUCAGGAUUCCUUGGCGAGAAGGAGGCAUGGGGAGAGUCUUGGGUGGGAGACAGCAACCUGAGUGACAGGCAGAUUGCUGUUAGGAGCAGUAAAUCUGUGUGCUUAAUGGGUUGCAGUUAGUUUUGUUAUUUUCUACGAUUCAGUCAGGCUGUAGCUUCAUUGUCUUCUGGUGUUUUUGCAGUACCUUUUUAGCUGAGUGCACAGUGUGAUUGGUGAUGAUGACUAGUGACUGAGUGGGAGAUAUUGUGGGAGUUAGUGUGUGGAUUGUGUGUGUGAGCUGGUGGAUGUGUGAGAAUAGAAUGGAAUGAGUGAUACUGAAUGAGCAGCAGAUGUAUGAUUUGAGUAGAUGUAAGACAGAAUUUGGAUGUGAUGUGUGCGUGUCAUUGAGAUGAAUGCUGUAUAUUGUGAGUCAAGAGAUCAUUGACUCUUAAGAUGCUUUUAUAAUUUGCCACUUUGUGUUUGUUUGGGGGGAUUUUAUUGUAUUGUAUUUUAAUAUUGUUUCUCAGUUUCCUUGUCUGCUGUCUCUCGCUCUCCAUAUAUAUACUACACAUAAUUGCAGGGGCGCAUACACACACACACACACACACACACACACACACACAAUUUUAUAAACCACUAAGAAACUGUCUUCAGUGUUAAAGAGGUUUAUAAAGUGUUAAGAGGUGUUUGAAAAUACAAAAUAAAAAAAAUACUCAGGCAUAGGUGUCUAACUUAAAGGUACUGUUAAGUGUUGGGAAAGAUGAAUUACUGAUAUACCUGAUUAUUAGCUACUACUUUGGAUUCUGUUCCUGUAAUGAGACUUUGUAGAUCUAACAUCAAAAGCCAAUUGCUCCAUUAAACUUUAGUAGCUGGGUAUUAAGCAGGUCUGGCAGACAAUGUCUGAGCUCUUGGAUGUAUUAUUAUCAUCAUCAUCAUCAUCAUCAUCAUCACCAUUUAAAAUAUGUACUUGGGUAACAAUAGUACAUACAGAGUCUCUGUUUUCAAGUCAGAUAUUUCUUAUUAUAGGUCAGCCACAUUCAGAGUGAGACAUUACUGUUACAGGCAAUAUGGGUUUGGCGGGAAAGAAAGUGGGAAGAGAGAUGGGGGAAAGAGGAGAGAGAGUAGUUUCAUUCUUUUGCAUAGUAUAUAAGCAAAGCAUUUGUGUCAGCAUCAUGUGAACGAUUCCUUUAUUUUUGCUGGCGAUGGUCAGAGCUCUUAGAAUGUACUCUUUAUUUUGCUUUCCAAAGCAGAAUUCCUAAAAAUGUCACUUUUUUCUGGCAGGUUUUAAUAUUCUGGUCUGGAGUCGGGAGGAAAUGGUAACCCAGAAUCAGGAGUGUCUCAUGCAGUCCAUGACAGAGCAGGGAAUGAGAUGCAGACGCUUAUCUCGACUGGGGACACAGAACCAAAGACAAUCAACCACAGGAGCAAGCAAACUUAAAACUAAACUAUUUAGUCUUGAAUUAGAGAGCACCAAAACAAAGGGCAAAGAGCAUAAAUUACAAGAGAAGAAGAAGAGAGGAAAAUAUUCAGAGGACUGA